AUGGUGACUGUCAGAAAGAGUGUGAGCGAUUGCUGCCGUGCUGUCACCGGUGCCGUGGCGUUUGCCAUGGGAAAUUGCCUUGCCCCCCAUGUCAGUGUGUCUGUGACGUUUUCAGCUGUGAGCAUGGAUCUUGUAACCACCCAUGCAGCGAACCUUGUGCUGCCUGUACGGAAUCAUGCAACUGGAGUUGUGAACAUUGUGGAGAUUGUCCUCUGCCUUGCGGUGCACCUUGCAAUCGGCGAUUGUGCAACCAGCGAUGCACAAAAUUACUCGAGUGUGGGCAUCGGUGCCCCAGUGUUUGUGGAGAAGACUACGUACGCAGAGAUCAAUCCAUUUGAAGACCCUAUCUUGGUUCUUCCAUGCUGUUCGAUCAUCUACACAAUGGGAACGCUUGAUGGCACGCUCUUCAUGAACACGUAUUACGACAUUAACGGGAAACCACGUGGACCUUUGCCUGAAGGAUAUCUCGAUAUGCCUCAAUGUCCGAAUUGCAAGAAACCCAUUCGUGGCCUCCGUCGUUAUGGACGCCGUCGGCUUGCUAAUUUACAGGAACGGACAAAUGCUGCGGUAGACAAAGGUGAUCUUGCGCAAGAUAAGACCCUGCGGCACGACCUUCGUUCAUUUGGAAAUACUGUGAAGCAGCCUCCAUGUCAGAAAAUAUUUGAGGCUUGUGUUGCACUUGUGACGAAGACAAUGGGUGGUCAAGGUGGAGGCGACGUGGACAUUGACAUGAAGACUCUACCUGUACCGAAUUCAGCGUUCCCUUACGUCGGAUAUUACUAUCUUCUUACUGCACAACUUAUGCUGUUGAGUGCUACCACAACGAAAGCCGAGUCUUAUGCUCGCAGAGCUUUGAAUCAGUUUGUCAAAGAAUCCUUUUCAUUACAGUCACAAGAAGCUCGAUUGGUGCUAACGCAGAUACUUCUUGCAAAAGCUGAAGCGAAAUUGAAUGAGACGGUGAAAACUCAAAAGGAGCGUCAAGAGCGUGAGGAAGUUGUGUUACAGCUCACUUUUGAAUCUCAGAGUUUACUAUGCAGCUUGGCAGAAAGCGGUAUAUCGUUUCUCUCGAGACAUGCCGAUAAUGUCCGGGGACUCCGCCACAAACUCGAGAUGAUUGUUCAACGUGCGAAGAACGUCACGUUUUAUCAAAAUGUCUCGAUGGAAGAGAUGAAAACGAUUAAACUAGCGAUGCAGACGGAAUUUCAAGGCUCAGGGCAUUGGUAUCGUUGUAUUAAUGGGCAUUCAUAUUCAAUUGGUGAGUGUGGAAUGGCUAUGGAACAAACUCAUUGCCCUGAAUGUGGUGCACUUGUUGGUGGUGUCAACCAUUCAUUUGUCGAAGGUACAGUACUUGAUGAGCAAAUGGACUCCAUGUAG